GUGCCGCGCGUGCGCACUGGAGCGAGCCAGCAGGAAGUGCUAAAGGUUAUUGUCCUCGGAAAGUUGCUCACUCAGUCAGCACAAUGGGCUGCAGCAAUUGUUUGCAGCUCGCUGCUGUUCUCAGCCUCGCCUUGUGUUCUUUGGUCUGGGCAGAUGAUGACAUGAAUUUUACUGUUACCAUUAGUCCUGGAGAAGAAUUGCCAAAUAAAACAAUCUACGUAAUCAAACACAAAAAUGUUUCAUUCAGUUGCUCAAGCACACUUCAACUAGAGCAGAACAUAUCCUGGAUUUUUGUUCAUCCGGAUUCAAAUCAGGAAGUUUUUACAAGUGUAGAGGGAGCACAUACUGAAUUUACACUUUUUGAUAUAAGUUACGACAACCAGGGGAAUUACACCUGCUCAAAAAACGUCAGUGAAACCAAAGAAGUCCUUGUCUACUAUCCACCAAAGGGGCUUCCAGUGUGUCAUGCAGCAUUUUCUGAUGAUUAUGUGCAGCUGUUUUGUUCUUGGACUGAAGGAUAUCCUUAUCCGGCAUUUGCUUGGUCAAGCGAAAAUCAGAAAUUUGGACCACAUGGGCUAGUUGGGUCAAAUGAUACCACAAUACGAGAAAUUAAAGGGUCAAAGAUCCAUGAUGGUCAAUUGUUUAAAUGUGUGGGUUAUCACAUUGCAUAUGAACAAAGGAUGGAAAAGUCAUGCUCGUUGACAUUGAAGGCUCCACUUCCAGAAUCACAACCUCUUGUAACUGGAUAUGUAGGGAAAAAUACAACAUUGACCUGUCACAGUAAGGAAGGAAAUCCACCUCCCAAAUUAACUUGGUGGAGAAAUGAUGAGGAGGAAAUUUUCUCAAGCAGCAAAUACAUAAUCUCAGAAGAAGGUGUUGUUUCAAGCUUAACAAUAUUGAUGUCCUCAAAAGAGCAGGAUGAAGGAAGAUACAUUUGCAAGAGUGAGAAUCCUUUGGGGAUUAAAGAGGUCGAAAUAUGGGUCUCAUUUAACACUAAAGUCAUUUCUGGAUUAGUUGGGGGAAUCACUAUCUUUUUACUCCUAAGUGCUGCAGCAGUUUUUGGAGUUCUCCUGUACAGAAACUGGAACAAGUUUAUCACCAGAAGACAUUUUUGGCAAACUGGUUCUACUGUUUUUACCCUGGUGGACUCUGAGGAAGAAAAUGAUUUUGCAGAGGAGGGCUCAUCAAGAGUAACCUCAGUUGUUAAUCAUCAAACUGCCCAGACAAUGAAUGGCCAUGCUUCUGUGGAAG